GAAUGGACGCACUGGGGCAUAAAACAGAAUUAUCUCUGCAAGACGGUUACAGCCAACCCCCAGUAAAUCAUUUAAAAUCCCAGUUAAUUUUUAAAUAAUCCUGCAACUUUUUUUUAUUAUAUUUCGUGUCUUCUAUUUCGAAUCUCUGAGCCCUCCCUGAUAUCCCGAUUUUCGUUGCAAGAUUAUGUCCUUUUUAUUUGAGGUUCACGCUUGACGGUGAUUGAAUUCCAUUCCAGGUUUGAUUAAGAAAUGUUUUGUGUUCAUCUUUUAAAAUGUUGCAUGCGACGAAAAGAGAAAUGAACAAAUUCAUUUGUAUGCGUCAUCACAGAGUGGUGUCUGGCGCUGCCAACGAAGCCGCACUUGUGUGUUUUAAGUGGGGAUAACACACAGAUGGCACACAGAUGACACACAAAUGUGUGUGCAGUAAAUUACACAUCUAAAAGCUGGCCUGGAUAAUUCUUUUUCCAUUUUUUGUUUUCAGAGAACACGCCAUAGCAAUACAGCAACAGACGGAAACGUUGACUGAGUUACAGCGCAGGAAAUGUGACAAAGAAUCCAUUCUGUUGGCACAAGUCGAGACAAAUAGUUGAAUAUUUCGCGUCGCUUAGUAAUCUCAGUUGUCAUUACCUACAGGAAAUCAUGUCGAACCUGACGUUGAUCAACGUCUUUAUCGUCUUAUCAGCAGCCAUUUAUUUGGUUGGCGCCGAACAAUUAAACGUUCGAGUUGAUUACGGUCUGCCAACAGCUGAUCGACCAGACUUUUGUUUGUUGCCUGGCACCUUGCCGGGGGAAAAGAAGUGCAAAGGAUACAUCAAGAAAUGGACUUUUAACGCGACGGAAGACGCCUGCGUUCCCUACAUUUAUGGUGGAUGUCACGGCACUAAGAAUCUCUUUGACACGGAAGAGGAAUGUCACGCCGCUUGCCCAUCAUCGGACCAAAAGAUGUCCGAUUUACCUAAAAUGCAAGGCUCAGUGGCCAACUUAUCGAAUUCAGCAUCUCAAUCAUUAGCUUAUCAAAACUAUUUGGUGGCUAUUUUAAGCUGCUUGAUUUUCUUCUGUUUCAUGGGGUGUUACCGUGUACUAAUUUUCUAGAACGGAAAAAUUAGUUUGGUCCCCUAAAUUGGAAUUGUAAUCUCCUUUGUUGGUUCGUUCGAAUUUAGUCGCGAACUUUUGUAACGAAUAAAGUAAUAAAUUUUCAAACAUUUCUA